AAAUUGUUUAAUUUGUAUAUUUUUUUUUAUAUUUUUCAAAUGCAUAUAUUAUUUAAAGAAAGUAAGAUAUGUAGAAGCUUAAUGCACAUAUUUAAAUACUUGCGCGAAAUUCGGGUUAAAAAAGAAUUAAUUACUAACUAAAGCUAAACAAUGCAAAUUGUAUAAAAAAACAUAAUCGCGAAACCGGAUGAACGACUGGUUGAAUUCGCUGGAAAUAAAUGAAAACAAAAAUAAAAACCAACAGAGCAAAAGCGGCAAAACACACGCACAAAUAAAUCUGGGAAUCAAAAUGUGCUCUACAUAUAUUCGAAUGAGAAAAAGGGAACAUUGCACGCCGAUGCUGUUGCUGAUUGGAAGUGUAUUUGCAUUGCUUGGAAUUACAGAAGCUCAAGCGGAGGUAGGUGAUCCCUGUCAAGUCAAAGGCCAUCGAGGCAUUUGCACUGAGUCAAGCAGAUGUGUGGACUUACCACUGAUUAUGAGUCAGUUGGGCUUAGGAAUGCGUGAUGUAAGUCGAUGCGGUUUUACCACGUACGAGGAGAUAAUUUGUUGUCCAUUAUCUCCAUCUAUACCUACAACAACUAUUAGGACGCGUUCAGACGAUCGACCAGCUGUAAGAGCCUGUGCUGAAAUCGAUGCUGAGUUACAGCCUCUCCUGACACCGCACAUUCUAGGCGGUACACCCGUUGAACUUGGCGAAUAUCCGCAUAUGGUGGCGAUUGGACUGAGCACUACAGAUGAUGAUAUCGAAUACAAUUGUGGCGGUACUUUGAUUGCGAAACGUUUCGUUUUGACUGCGGCUCAUUGUUUGGUGACGCGUCAGAAACCGGUAACGGUGCGUAUGGGGGUAGUGAAUUUUACUGAUACUGAACAAAUGAAAGACGUUGUGGAGAUUAGAAUCAAGAAAAUUCACGUGCAUCCGGAGUACUCGAGCGCCAGUGUGUACAACGACAUUGGAUUGCUUGAAUUGGAAUCAGAUGUCGUUUACACGACCAAUGUAUAUCCGACGUGUCUCUAUACCGAACCAGAAGAUCCGUCAGCCAGCUCUGUACUUUAUGUCUCCGGUUGGGGUGUAAUCAAUAAGAGAACUCGUGAAAAGUCCAAUAUUUUGCUUAAGGCACGCCAGACUAUCGUCGAAAACCAAAGAUGUAAUGAAAGCUAUGUGGACAAUGGCUUGACACGUAGAAUCAGCGUUGGCAUUAUAAGCAGUCAGAUGUGCGCUCAUGAUCCCGGCCUAACCAAGGAUGCCUGCCAGGGUGAUUCGGGCGGUCCAUUGAUUUUGGUAGUGGAUGAGGCGUUGAGUAAAUUUCGCGUGGUUGGCGUGAUUUCGGCUGGCUUCAGUUGCGGUAGCACCACUCCUGGCCUUUAUACGCGUGUGUCUGCAUUUCUCGACUAUAUUGAGAGUGUCGCUUGGCCCAUUGGUUGAAUUUGUUGCCAUAUACAUAUGUAUGUAUUUCAGAGUUGAUUGAAUUAGUAAUAGAAGAUAAGAUGACUAUGGACCACCGAAUUUCAUGCUUAAAGGACUGAAUUGUUAAUUAAUAUGAGACCUUAAUUUAAGCUUGAUUGAAUAAAAAAAUUGUAAAGUAAUUAAAUUAAGGGCCGUACUGCACUCUU